GAUGGUGAAUUAGAAGAUGGUGAAAUAGAUGAUGCAGGAUUUGAAGAAACACAAGAACAGGAAGCAAAAGAGGAUGAAAAGCAGAAAAAUGAGAAAGCCUACAGAAAAUCAAGAAAAAAACACAAGAAAGAAAGAGAAGAAAAAAUCCAAAAGGAGAAAACGUGAGAAACAUAAGCAUAAUUCUCCAUCUAGUGAUAGUUCAGACUACAGCCUUGAUUCAGACGUCGAACAUCCAGAAAGUUCCCAUAAAAAAAGAACUGGUUUCUACAGGGAUUAUGACAUUCCAUUUCCUCAGCAUGGACAUAUAUCAGGAAGCUACAUGACAUCAAAGAAGGGUCAACAUAACAAAAAAUUUAAAAGUAAAGAAUAUGAUGAAUACAGUACCUACAGUGAUGACAACUUCGGUAACUACAGUGAUGACAACUUUGGUAACUACGAUCAGGAAACAGAGGAAGAUUUUGCCAGUCAGCUAAAACAAUACAGACAAACUAAAGAAACGUCAAAUACUACUUUAGGGUCAUCAUUUUCUAAAGAACCAGGGAAAAAACAGAGAAUGAAAGGAGUUCAGCAAGGUAUUGAACAGAGGGUUAAAAGUUUUAAUGUGAGUCGUGGACGUGGUUUGCCGAAGAAAAUUAAAAGAAAAGACCGUGGAGGAAGAGCCAAUAAAGGGCCUAAUGUUUUUUCAGUAACAGAUGACUUUCAAGAGUACAGUAAACCAGGGAAAAAAUGGAAGGUUAUGACUCAGGAAUUUAUUAAUCAGCAUACAGUGGAACACAAAGGAAAACAAAUCUGUAAAUACUUCUUGGAAGGGAGAUGUAUUAAGGGAGAUCAGUGUAAAUUUGAUCAUGAUGCAGAGUUGGAGAAGAGAAAAGAGAUCUGCAAAUUUUAUUUACAAGGAUAUUGUACCAAAGGAGAGAACUGCAUUUAUAUGCAUAAUGAAUUUCCAUGCAAGUUCUACCAUAGCGGAGCAAAAUGUUACCAAGGAGACAACUGUAAAUUUUCCCAUGAUGAUCUGACUAAAGAAACAAGGAAACUUUUGGACAAAGUGUUAAAUACUGAUGAAGAACUUAUAAAUGAAGACGAGCGAGAAUUAGAAGAACUUAGAAAGCGUGGCAUAACUCCUCUUCCCAAGCCGCCUCCAGGUGUUGGGCUUCUGCCAACCCCUGCAGAGCAUUUUCCCUUUUCUGAUCCUGAAGAUGAUUUUCAGACAGAUCUCUCUGAUGAUUUUAAGAAAAUUCCAUCUCUUUUUGAAAUAGUUGUAAAACCUACUGUGGAUUUAGCACACAAAAUUGGAAAGAAGCCACCAGCAUUUUAUAACAGUGCCUCACCUCCAGGACCACAAUUUCAGGGAAGCAGCCCACGCCCUCAACAUAUUUAUAGUUCUGGGUCAAGUCCAGGUCCUGGACCUAAUAUGUCUCAGGGACGCAGCAGUCCUGUGAUGCACCCAGGCUCCCCUGGACAUCACCCAUGUCCAGGACCUCCUGGUCUACCAAUGCCGCAGAGCCCACCUUUACCACCUGGUCCACCUGAAAUUGUAGGCCCUCACAAUCAAGCUGGAGUACUUGUUCAGCCGGAUACACCUUUGACACUACCAAAUAUGGGUGGGGCUUACCAGUCUCCAGGCUUUCCAGGACAUGUGAUGAAAGUACCCAGAGAGAAUCACUGUUCUCCAGGUUCAUCAUACCAGCAAAGUCCCGGUGAAAUACAGCUCAACACCAGUUAUGAGUCCCUACAAAACCCAGCUGAGUUUUAUGAUAAUUACUAUUCACAGCAUGCUGUACAUAGUUUUCAGCCACCCACUACCUCAGGUGAUGGGAUGUGGCAUGGUGAAUUUGCCCAGCAGCAGCCUCCUGUUCUUCAAGACUCACCUAACUGUGGGAGUGGGUCUGACGGCAGCAGCAACAGGACAGGCCAUGGUCCUCUUCCUGCACCAGGGCUCCUCCCUGCAGUGCAGAGAGCUCUUUUUGUCAGACUUACUCAGAGAUACCAAGAAGACGAAGAACCAACCAGCACCCAACCUCAUAGGGCACCAAGCAAGGAAGAAGAUGAUACAGUUAACUGGUAUUCCAGUAGUGAAGAAGAAGAAGGAAGCAGUGUCAAGUCAAUACUGAAAACAUUACAGAGACAAACAGAAUCUUUAAGGAAUCAGCAACAAUCUUCCAUCGAACUCGGCACUCCUACUGAUCCAAGACUUGCUAAAGAGAAAAGUAAAGGAAAUCAAGUGGUUGACCCUAGACUUAGGACUAUCCCAAGGCAAGACAUUAAAAAACCUUCUGAGUCUGCUCCACUGGAUCUUAGACUUGUGUGGGAUCCCAGGAAAUUAAGAGGGAACGGAAGUAGUCACGUAGGCUCAUCUGUUGGUGGGGCAAAGUUUGAUUUACAUCAUGCAAAUGCUGGCGCUAAUGUCAAACACAAAAGAGGAGAUGAUGAUGAUGAAGACACAGAAAGAGAACUGAGAGAAAAAGCUUUCUUAAUACCUUUGGAUGCUUCACCUGGUAUAAUGCUCCAGGAUCCAAGGUCACAAUUGAGACAGUUCAGUCACAUUAAAAUGGACAUUAUCCUAACCAAACCCAAUUUUGCAAAACACAUCGUGUGGGCUCCAGAAGACUUACUUCCAGUACCUUUACCUAAACCCGAUCCAGUAUCUUCAAUCAAUUUACCUCUGCCCCCACUUAUAGCUGACCAGAGGCUCAAUAGGUUAUGGAAUACAAAAAGUGCUCUUCAUCAAAACACAGUGUCUACUGAUCCAAAAUUAGCAGCUAAAGCCAAAAUUAACACAACAAACAGAGAAGGCUAUCUAGAACAAUUUGGAGACUUACAUAGUUCAGGAAGUAAAUUAGGAGAUCCUAGGCUGCAGAAAAAUUUUGAUCCUAGGCUUCACAGACUGCCCAGUACAGAGUCUCAUCAAAUGGUUAUGAAGGAUUCACAUACAUCAAAGGGCACCCCUCAUUUAGCCAGAUCAAACCCUGGUUCAUCACAGUCCUCAGGGGCAGGAACUAGCAAUUCUGGUCCUGGGGCUCUGCCUCCAUACGCCCCUAAACUCUUGUCUUCAGCUGGCCUUCCACUGGGAACUCCAAGUUCAGUUCUCGGUGGUAUUAGUUUGUAUGACCCUAGGGAUCAUAGUUCAUCAUCUGCAUCAGAGCUAGCAACAGUUUCUUUAGGAGAAAAUGCGGAGAACCAGAAAAAAAGUAGUGGUUUAAAAAAUAGUGACCAAAAUGAGCCUUCUCCUGGAGAAGCAAUCUUAGCACAGAAAACCACUCCGAACGUGGAAAUCACUGCUGAUGGGCUGGCUGCCCCGCAGGCAGAUGUUCUCGGGAGUUCUGGGAAGGUUCAGGUCCCAGCAGUGCACAGUCUUCCUAUUCAGGCAUUGACAGGCUUAAUUAGGCCCCAGUACAGCGAUCCGAGGCAAUCAAGGCAGCCAGGACAGGUGAGCCCGACACCAGAUGAUGACCCCAGUAAAGAAACAGAUGAUAAAUCUCUGAAAGAGGUUUUUAAAACUUUUGAUCCAACUGCUUCACCAUUUUGUUAGCUGUUGUGUAAUUAGGCAAUUCUUUUCACUCUGUGACUAUCGCAGUCCUCUGCUGUUUUGUAACUCGUUUACCUCUAUAGUUUAUUUAUUUUUAAAUUAUAAACACUUUUCAGCUGCUAGUAUCAGAACCACAUGAAGUUAUAGCCUCUAAAGUCUGUGGUAUUUUAUAUAAUAUUUUUAUAACUUUAAGAGACUGUAGGAAUUGACAUAAAAUCUUAUCAUGUUCACUUCCAUUACAUAUUUAUUGUAAAUAAAUCAUCAUGAACUCAACACUCUGCCUGCAUAUAUGCCAGUUGUCUUUCAUAAUCAAUGUUUAGAUAAAUUAUUGCCACUUUUAUAUGGUUGUUUAGUUUCAAGCAAUAUGAUGUACAUUACUUUUGAGAAACAGUAUUUUGACUAGGACCCUCUCUAUUUGUCACCACAGAACUGAUUAACAUGUAAUGCUAAUUGCUAACUAAAAUGUAAGAUGGAGUAAACAUUUUAAAAUCACAAUUAGCAGAGCAGUUCAUGUUUAAGGGCAUCACUUUAUUAGUAUUGGCAAUAUUAUUUGUGUAAAUGAAGCAUUUGAAUGUCAUAUCUUUUAAAAGUAUUUUAUUGUGUACUGUAUCAUAUUAUAGAAGUUGGAAAUACACAAGUAUAAAUAGAAUGUUUUGCUAAAGUGAAAAAUUCCCAAGUUCUCUAACAUAUCUUUUUAAAUUUAAUUUUUCAUAUGAAAUAGUUAUGAGUUACGGCUGUGUUACAUUGUGAUGUUUAUGUAUUUCAGUGUUUUUGUCUUUAGCAGCAUAAUUUAUACUACUUUUCAAAUGACGUAGCUGCAAUAAUUGUGUUCAUUAUGACUUUGGUGAUUUUUAAUGAAAUUUUAAAAGAUCCAGUGAGAGACUGUAGUAAUUAUUACACUGAUAAUGUUUUAAAUGUCUAGGUUCUAUAUUUUUUCUUAAAUAGCAAGAAAACACAGAGAUUACAGGUAUGGUCAACUGUAUUUGGCUACCAAUAAAGAAUCUCUUUCAGAUUUCACCUGACUGGUGUUCUAUAACAGAGGGGAUUACCUGGUGUUUUAAGUAUUUAAUGUCCUCGUAGUUUGGAAGUCUCCUAAAUUGAUUAGAAAUUGUAUUUUAUGAAAAUAACUUGUAUUCAUUUUUGUGUAUUUAUUGCAGUAUAUAAAUGUGCUAUAUAUAUAUCAUUUAUAACUGAAACUAAGUAUUACACUGAUACUAGUAUCUUGAACUGGAGGUAUAGGACAAUGUUUGCUGGUAAUAACUCCAAUAAGUAACUUGAAAAGGAGCAUUUCAUUAUAAAAUAUAAUGAAAGCAGGUAAUGAAAAUCUGUCCUUGGGUGAAAACAGCUACACUUGGGAAGUGAUUUUGAAAAUAUACAGCAAAAUAUUUCUGUGGGAACCUAAUAGUCAGAUAGCAUAUGGUUUAUUAAUAAUGCAUAUCCUUUCUAUUCACUUCUUCACUUUUUACUUUUUUUUUUGGCUUUGAUCCUGUGCUAAAAUGGGGUUGCAAUGAAGUGAACAAGAAUUCUUCCUACGUAAGAAGUUCAUUGUGUUCUAAGUGGAAGGACAGUUACUCAAGGGAAUGUGAAUUCUUAGUGUUUAUACUUUGGUUACAUUUGUCUGAAAUGGCUCUGGAUAACAUUUUUGGGUUAAAAAGUGCAAGUUAAAGCCACCAUAGAAAGUAUUUUCUGAGUUACUGUCCAAACUAAUUUAUUGUUAAUUGAAAAGUCAAUAAAAUGGAUAUAAUUGUCAGAAAAA